GGUCUAGCUUCCGCUUCCGCUUUCCGCUGGCCGUAAAGUGCGGGCGGUGCUGUCGUGCGAAGUGAGGCUGGGGCUGCGUCUGGAAGCGGAGGGAGCCAUGAUUGAGGUUGUGUGUAACGACCGGCUGGGCAAAAAGGUCCGUGUGAAAUGCAACACGGAUGACACGAUAGGAGACCUGAAAAAACUGAUUGCGGCUCAGACAGGCACCCGCUGGAACAAGAUCGUCCUUAAGAAAUGGUACACAAUCUUCAAGGACCACGUUUCCCUGGGUGACUAUGAGAUCCAUGAUGGAAUGAACCUGGAGCUUUAUUAUCAGUAGGGGCAGCAGGCCUGCCAACUCUGCAACCUACCCCCAUUUUUAAAAGUCUCACUAAUAAAAAUAACUUAGAUGCUG